UGUCUGAGCAGACCGAAGAAUGUGGCGGUUGAUGUUCUGCCACAAGAUGGCGACAGAGACCACAUAAAGUCCGAAGAGGGGAAAAAACUCAACGUUUUCUCAAUGUCAGUUUCAAACUACAGCAGAACAAAUGAUUAUAAAUCAGAGGAAGAGUUGAGAGUGCAGGAACAGGUACGUCCAGUCGGAGCGCCUCCAUGAGCCACACCUGUUUAAGUGGGCGGGGCCUGAACACCUGUCCAUCAAAACAGAGGACAAACGACAGUGAGUCGCUCACAGACGACACACACACACUCCAGCAUGUUCAAGAAGAAGGAAUACAGCCCUGCUAAAGCCGGACAGGCGCAGAUGAACGACCUGCUGUCUCUGGUCACACGCUUACAGCAGAGUGCAGAUCAGGUGGAGAAGAACAUCCUGCUGGCCGACCAACUGCUGGAGGAGGAUCUGGAGAAUGAGCGCAGGGGCUCUCCUCUCAGACAGCAGGGUCCGGCCGCUGAGAAUCUGUCUCAGGCUGAGAUGCUGCUGAAGGAUCUGUUCAUGGACGUCAGCAAAGUCAAGAAGCUUCAGCACCCGCAGGCCAGCAUCAUCGAGCGCGAUGUGAGUAACCUGCAUGAUCGCUGGUCCAAAUACUGCGGCACAUACAGGCAUCUGUACGGACAACUUCACGAGCUCUACCUGCCGCCCGGAGUGGACUGGAGCAAACUGAUGAGCGACAAACAGAAACUCCUGCAGGACGAGGCUUACGGCCCGACUCUGACUGAUGUGGAGAAGCAGAUCGCACAACACAACAUCCUGCACAAGCAGAUAGAGGAGUACCACAGAGCCCUGGAGGACAGCGGAGAUAACUCGUCUGCUCUUCAGAAGCAGUAUGCGGCUCUGCUGGCGUCAUCAGCAGGUCGUCGUGCGCAGCUGUCGUCUCUGUAUGAGCUGAUGCAGGCCUGCAGUAGAGAGCUGCAGUAUCUCAGUGAGCAGCAGCAGAAGAUCAUCAGCAGAGACUGGAGCGACCGCAUCAUCGACAGCGCUGGAGUGCGCAUGGAGUACGAGAGGUUUAAGAACAACGGUCUGCUGACACACGAGAGAGAAGUGAGCAAACUACAAGAGGAGACCAACGCUCUCAUUCAGGACAAACACCCCGGCGCAGCCGCUGUCAAGUCGUACAGCGCAGACGUCACAAGAGAGUGGAAACAAUUCCUCAGUCUGUGUCUGUGUCAGGACACACACCUGGACAACGUAGAGGAGUACAAGAAAUAUCAGCUGAAUCUGGAGACGUUCACUGAGUCGCUGAAUAGAAUCAAAUCCACCACUGAACCAUCAGCCCUGAAAAACAUGAGCAAUCCUGAGAUCCUGCUGCAGCUCGAGACUGAAGUGAGCGUCAUGCUGAGGAACGAGCAGCGUCUGACGGACCUAAGAGAGUUGAGCUCCUCCAUCGCUUCCUCUGCAUCUCUGCGCAGAUCCACCACCGGCAGAUCCAUCAGCGCUGUUGCUCUGUGUGACUGGACAACUGACAAGGACUCAGUGAAGCGGGGUGAGAAGGUAACACUGGUCUCCAGCCCCAAAGAGCAGAUGUGGGAGGUCAAAUCCAGCAGCGGAGACACCAAACUGAUCCCCGGAGCCUGUUUCAUGAUCCCUCCUCCUGAUUCUGCUGCCAUCGACAAGGUGGACAGCCUGAGCAGAGAUUUCUCAGAUCUGAAGAGGACCAGAUCGGCUCUUCAGGCUCAGGCCAAAACACCCAGCAUUGAAGUGGUGCAGUUCGUCAAACAAGUCGCUGUGGCCACUGUUCCUGACAGUGCAAAGGCCGGCGUGAUCGACAGCCGUCUGGACCAGAUCUACUCAGACCUGCUGAAGCUGGAGAAAGACAUGCAGAACCGCAUCAGAACUCCACUGGACCGCGCUGCGCCUGUCGGAGAUCUGUCUGCCAGAAUCAAAGACCAGGAGAGUUUUGCAUUGGUUCUGAAGAAUCUGGAGGCAGAGAAAGCUUCGGCUCAGAGGGACAUGCAGCCCCUGAUCUCCCAGAAGCCCCUGGGGCCUACGACAUCCUCGCUGCCUCUGAAACUGAGCAAAGUCAACAACAAGAUUGAUGACAUCAGCGCGCUCUCCGACCUCUACCACAAGAAGGCCACGUCUGCCAUGUUCCUGGAGAAGCAGAUCAGGAUGGUGGACGGUGUGCUGACGGACUUCGAGGAUCAGCUGUGUGCAGAUACAGGGCUGUUAGACGAACACAACGCCAUCCGAAAACCACUCCAGACAACUGCAGGUACACAAAGGACGUUGCAUCCAGAAAGGGAAGACAUUCAGCAGCUGAAAGCGGCGAGCUGGGAGGCCACAGAGCAGACGUGCAGCUCCCUGCAAGAGAGCUUUCAGGAGUUCUGCCCGGACAUCCGCCAUCAGGAGAGCCAGGUCAGCGCUUGAGGAACGAUACUCUAACAUCACAGCCAGCUGCAGCAGAGGGCAACUCUGUUGAAAGAAGCCGUCAGUAAGUACCAGGAAUUUCAGAGCGCCAACCAAUCUCUCACUGCUUUCCUCAUCAACAUGCCUAACAACAAGGUUCAGCCUGGCGAAAGUAUGACGCAGGUCUAUGCCAAGCAAAACUCUCAGAUGAGAGCAGUUGAAGACAUCAAGAGAAAGCAGGACGAUGUAAACCGGAUCAUGAAACUUUCUGAGGAGCUGCAGAGCGUUCUUAAUGAAUAUGAGGUCAAUUCUAACAAAUACCGCAGUGCAUUGGGAAAGCCAGAAAUUAAUUCAAUAGGACUUGAUCACUUAACCCUGGCUGAAUUUGUGAAGAAGAAGGAAAAGGAUGUUGUGAAUCUUUACUCUGAGGUAUCUGCUGAGAAUAACCAGCUUCUGAAUCAACUGUAUUUGGCCAAAGAUCUCAUCAACAAGAAUGAAGAAAUUGUGAGCCAUGUGGUCGUUAAGCAGCAACUGCAGAUGCAAAGUCAGCAGAGAGAAAUGGAUGAAGUUGACGGCUUGAAGCAAGAGCUUGUUGAGGAAAUAUCUCGUCGCACUCAUGCUGAAAAUGAACUAUUGGCCCAAAGGAAACGAAUGGUGUCCCUGAAGAGUCGCAGAGGUGUGGAGCGAGUGGAGGAAAAGGAAACUGUGCAUUACUAUCGGGAUCCUAAGAUUGAGGCUGACUUGGAGGUGCUAAAGAAGAGGAUAGCAGACGAGAUCUACAAGCGAUCCGAAAUGCAAUCCGAAAUUGAGAUUUUCAGCAAAAAAAUUGUCAGCCAUGAGCGAGAAGUUAUUGAAAUAAAGCCGAGGUUGGUGACAAAGGUGGUUACAGAAAUUGAGAGAGACCCUAAACUGGAUGUGGAAGCAGCGAGGAUCAGGGAGCUCAUACUUAAACUAAAGGAGGAAAUUCGAGUGCUUGAGAGUAAUUCAGUUAAUAUUCGAACGGAAGUAACUGUCCUGGAGAACAAGAAGCCUGUGAUCAAAGAGAGGGUGAUACUUAAAGAGGUUACGAGAUUGGAAAAGGACCCAGAAAUGCUGAAAGCUGUAAUGAGCUUCAAGAGCGAAAUAUCGGAUGAGGGUAUCAGAUGCAAGAACCUGAAUGAUGAAAUAUUCGUGAUUAGGAGUCGGAUCAAUAACUUGGAGAGGAUUAUUCCAACCAUACAACCUAAGACUAUCAUCAAAGAGGUGAAAAGGGUGGAACAAGAUGCUGAUCUCCUACAAGAGUCCAGGACCCUCCGUGUGACCCUGGAAGAGCUGAUCCAAGAGUACAGUAUUUUGAUGAAAGAGAUCUCCAGCCUUCAGGUACGCUACUCCCAAGUAGAGACCAUCAGACAGAAGAUCGAGUUUAAUGAGAUCAUUCAUGAGAUCUAUAGAAUUGAUCCUGAGACAGAGAUGGAGCUUAGACGGCUAAGAAAUGAACUUCUCGAAAUAGGCAAACGCCGUACUAGCUUUGAAAGUGAGAUAAAUUUGAUCAUGGUGGAUCUGAAGACUCUGCGUGCUGAGAAACCCAAGGUUGAGCUGAAGGAGGUGACUCAAGAGGUUGUGAAAGAAGAAAAGAGUCCUGAGAUUAUCAGAGAAAUCAAGAGGCUGAAUGAGCAACUUACCAUUUUACGCACCAACUAUGAUUCUACUACGAAUCGGUUGAUUCGUCUGCGCAAGGACAGGGAUGAGUGGAAGGCUGAAAGAUCCAAGGUGGAAACCAAAGUGGUUACCAAAGAACUGAUAAGGUAUGAAAAUGACCCUCUUCUGGAGAAAGAAGCCGAACGCCUCAGGAAGGAAGUCAGAGAGGAAAUUCAGUGCCGCCGAACUGUGGAAGAGAAUGUGUUUGACCUUCAAAACAAGUACAUUGUGCUCGAGAGACAGAAACCAGAAGAAAGAGUUGUGGUCCAAGAAAUUGUCCGCCUUCAGACAGAUCCCAGUCAGAUUCAGAGUCAUGAGAGGUUAAUCAGGACUUUGGAAGAGACCGUCAAGGUUCGACGACAGCUAGAACUGGAGGUGCAGCAGAUGAGAUCUGUAAUCCUGGAACUGGAGAAAAAGCUGGAGCUUGUGGAUCGGCAGAAGAAGAUCCUGGUGGAGACAGAGCUGAGACAAAUCAAGGCUAGAAUCUAUGAACUUGAGAACUGUCCAAAACCUGUUGAGGAAAAGAUUGUCAUUGAGGAGGUUUUGAAAGUUGAGAGAGACUCUAAAGUCGACAAACUUAUCACUGGGCUUCGCACUGACAUUGACAAUGAGGGUGCCAGCAUUUCCCGCCUGGAGAGAGAGAUUCGAAACCUCAGAAUUAGGAUUGAGUCCCUGACCAAGGAGAAAUCUGUCGAGAGGAUCAUCCACAAAGAGGUGAUCAGGGUUGAGAAGGACCAAGCAGUGGAAGCUGAGAGAGAGAGCCUUCUGACCCAAGUCUCUCAAGUAAAGAGUACCAGGACCCUCAGAGAUGAAGAACUGCUGAGACUGAAAAGCAAAAUCACCCGAAUUCAGACGACCAGGACAAACUUCUCUCAAGAGGAGGCCACCUUGAUUGCCAACAGGGAUAGGAUCAAGAGGACGCAAAACGAACUUCUCCAGGAGCUGAAAAGACUGGAGACUCAAAAGCAGGAGAUCAGCAUAACUUUCCAACAACAAACCAAACUGCUGAGCGAGAGGAACCAACUCAGCAGGCAAAAGAGCAUCAAGAUGGAGUCAGAGAUCCAGCGCCUGGAAAGGGAAAUCCUAGAGGUGAAAGAACUGAUCAUUGUUCGGGAAAGAACUCUUGUCGAGCUCCAGAAAGAGGCAAAAUCUGUGCAGAAUACAGAGACAAACACCAGAGAAACCAAUGUCUCUACCAAAAUCACCAUUCUGGAUCCAGAGACUGGCAAAGACAUGUCUCCAUACGACGCCUAUCUUGAGGGCCUGAUUGACCGCAAUCAGUACAUCCACCUGCAGGAGCUGGAGUGCAGCUGGGAAGAAAUCACAACCACAGGUCCUGAUGGUGAGGUCACACUCCUGCAAGAUCGUAAAAGUGGAAAGCAGUACUCCGUCAAGACGGCUCUCCAAAACGGACGACUAACCCAAUAUGAUCUUCAGCGCUACAGAGAGGGCAAAAUGACCAUUUCAGAGUUUGCUCUCUUGGUUGCAGGAGAAAAAAAAUCAACAGUCUUUCCUCCCUCGAGUGUAACACAAACAACAUCCCUUCAAACAAACUCUAGCUACAGCCCCUCAACACUGACCCGGCGCACAUCCUACUCCAGCAACGGCAACUUAAACUCUCUGAACACCAGCGGAGAUGAGCUCUACCCUAUUUCUGGCAUUCUGGACAUCACCACAGACAGCCGAAUGUCCGUAAGAAGUGCUCUAACACGUAAACUGAUCGAUCAAGAUACUGCAAUGAGGCUCCUAGAAGCUCAGGCCGCCACUGGAGGAAUUGUGGACCUCAAUAAGAAAGACAAGCUUUCUGUUCAUAAGGCUGCAGAGCGCGGAUUGAUCGAUUCCAGCCAACUUCACAAACUCCUCAGUGCCCAAAAGGCCUUCACUGGAUUUGAAGACCCCGUGUCUAAAGAGCGUAUGUCAGUGGAGAAGCAGCUCGAAGGGGAUGGAUCCCCAAUGACAGUGCCACAUGGUUAUGGAGGCACAGCUGUAACCGGUGGCCUUGUGACCCCAAACCGAGCAGGCCGCAUUGGUCUGCAGAACGCAAUUGAUGCAAAACUAAUCGAUGCACCAGUGGCCAAGCAACUCCAAGAUGAUCUGGCCUUAGUGAAGAAUGUUGUCGAUCCCGUAAAAAGGGAUAAAAUCACAUAUAAAGAGGCCAUGGCUCGAUGCAAGCGGGACCACAGCACGGGACUGCUCCUGCUGCCGGCGGCCUCCACUGACGCUGUAGACGCGCCAUCCUAUUCCAGCUACAAAUUCACCAAGAAAUGAAAAGACGGCGUGCAAGAAUGCUAACAAGGUUUAAGUGCUACAUAGUAAGGGACGUUUCUAGGGCUUUUUUUUUUUUCAAUCUCAUAUAUAAUAAUCAGAGGAAACUAUUUCAUUAUGUUUUAUCAAUUAUUUCUUCCUGUCUUUGUGUCAAAUCUUAAUUGUGUACUAUCUUAAUGAAUGGGCUUUUUAAACUUAAUAUAUAUAUAUAACAUAAACUUGAUAUUAAUAUUAAACUUGAUAUUAAAUAAAA